AUUUCCAAUUCCCUCAAUUUAUACCCCUUUCAAUAAAUUAAUAAACACUCAUCUGCCUGCCUCUGCAGUCUGCAAGGAAACCAUUGUUGUUACUGUUCCUGUUUUGUGAUCUCUCUCCUCUUUCUCUCUCUCUCUAGCUGUAUAUAUAUAUAUAUAUAUAUAUUUAUCACACAGAUACAUAAAAAGUAAGCAAAGGAUGGGGAGAGCUCCUUGCUGCGACAAAGCGAAUGUGAAGAAAGGGCCAUGGUCAUCUGAAGAAGAUGCCAAGCUCAAAGCAUAUAUCGAAGAGCGUGGCACUGGAGGCAACUGGAUUGCUUUGCCUCAAAAAAUUGGUCUUAAGCGAUGCGGUAAGAGCUGCCGUCUUAGAUGGUUAAACUACCUUCGCCCCAACAUCAAGCAUGGUGGAUUCUCUGAAGAAGAAGAUAACAUCAUUUGCAGCCUCUAUCUUAGUAUUGGGAGCAGGUGGUCUAUUAUUGCAGCGCAGUUGCCAGGAAGAACAGAUAAUGAUAUCAAGAACUACUGGAACACAAGGCUGAAGAAGAAGCUUCUUGGAAAGCACCGCAAAGAAGCUCGUAGUAGAGGGGGAGGCCUGCUCCAAAAUAAGCAGAAAGACAGCAAUAUCAUUACCCCUUAUUGGCCACAACUCCCUGUGAUGGCGGCUCCUAUACUACCCUACGAACAACAACAACCAUUCAAGGAUGACGAUGACCAUGCUUCGAUAAGGAAACUGCUUACCAAACUUGGGGGAAGAUUUUCUGAUGAUGAUGAUCAAGUAUUAAUCCAUGAGGGCACAAAUUUUCAAUUCCCAAAUCUUGAUCAUCAACAAUUCUUGGAGCAGCAGGCAAUAUUGCUGAAUAAUAUGCCCUCUUCUAGUGUUUCCUUGGAAGGCAUGAAUAACAGAUUUCUGCAGAAUCAUCAUCAAUAUUACAGUAGUUCAGAUGGGUCAAGCAGCUGUGGCUUGCAUAUGUUGCAAGGCCAAAACAGUUCUUUUCCGGUGGGAUGUGAGGAGGAGAACCAUAUGGUAUUCAGUAAUAAUCAGCAACAAAACCUGGAGUUUCUGUACAACGAAAAUAUUGGACAUGAUAAUAGGGUUAUUGAGAGUGCAGUUUGGGGUGAUCAGAUGAUGAGCUCCUUCGUUUUUCCUCCUCCAGUGGCUUCAAAUGGAGUUCAAGCUCCACAGAUAUUGCUCCAAGAAGGUGCUUCUAGUGAUCAGUUGAGGUAUUCCAGUGGCCAUUAAUAGUUUGUGUUAUAUAUAUUGAUGAUAUAUAUGUGGGGAUUUGUAACUUUAGACAAGGAAGCUGUACGUGUUGUGUGAGAAAUAUCUCAGAGAAAACCCUAAUAAUUAAACUCGUUCAAUUGCAUGUAUUAAAUAUUGCUUUUGCCAUGCUCAAUUUGCUUAAUUUAAUUACUGGUAUA